AUGUCGCCUACGCCCUCCGAACAAGUCUUUGCCGCCUUUGGUAUCAAAGCACAACUAACGCCAUUAACUGGAGGAAGUUUCGUGUGCUAUUCAGAUGGAACCAGUAUCCUAAAGCCAUCAGACGACGAUGAAGAAUCGCAGUGGAUUGGAAGCACUCUAUUAUCGCUCUCAAACUUAGAGCCAUCUUCAGCAUAUCGCGUCCCUAAGCCAAUCCCCAGCAUUCAGGAUCCAACUACAUAUGUUGUUGAUGGUUGGACCGCCUUUUCCCUACUCCCAGGACGAAACGAACCACCUAUUCGGUUUCAAGACACACUUCGUGUCAGCCAAGCUUUUCACCACGACUUGUCAAAACUGAACCUUACAAAGCCACCGUUCUUGAAUACACGAAAUAAUCGGUGGUCCGAAGCCGAUCGAGUCAUAUGGGGUGAAAAGCAGCUCUCAGACGUCGCCAACGUUAACAACGAGGUUCUCGACAUAUUUCAUGAGGCGUUGGAAAUGUACAAAAGGUUAACGAAGCCAUUACCCGCCGAUAUUCCUUGCCAACCUAUUCACGGGGAUCUCACUGGAAAUAUUCUCUUUGACGAUGAGCAUGGAGGGCUGCCUGGUAUCAUUGACAUGACCUUCUACUGGCGGCCGGCUGCUUAUGCCGAGGCAAUAGUGGUUGCUGAUGGUUUGGCCUGGCAUAAGCAGGGCAGAGAGCUUGUGGAGUUGUAUGGCACGGACGACGUCAGACUCCAGCUUUUGGUGAGAGCCUUGCAUUGGAGAUGUCUGACUUUUGCGAUUGAUUCGAUUGUUGAUUGGGUGAGGGUGAAUAUACCAAAGGUAGAUUUCAUGGGUGCGGCUCGCUUGUUGGAGGAGAUUAUACGGGAGAAAGCUGGUUAG